UUUGGGGAUUUGGGUGGUACCAUUGCGUAGAGCUCGACGAUAUGAGUUCGUGGACAUGCAGCACGCCUGAUUCCGAGCUGUAAGGAAGGGGAAAAGAUCUAGAAACGAAAAGGACAUAAUGGGAAUUUUAAAAUUUGUUACUGUAGCAACAGUGCCGCUACAGUCGGUGCUACAGUAUCGGGUUCUAUUUAUUUUUCUUCCUCCCUCUGGUUUGGCACGACAGCAGCCCCCUUUUUAUUUUGGAAACAGCCGUCCACGUUUGGCCGGCCACCGCCCAACACCGGCCACCACUUUGGGUGGCACCGGUCCCAAAAGGACCGCCGUGAGUUCCCCUUCCAGCCCCGACCAUUUCCAGCCCUUGCCGCCCUCUGCGCUCGCCGGAAAGUCAAGAAAAGUCGCCGGUUUUUGUCAAAACUUUCCAUCAGUCGUUCGAACGAUUUCGGGCACCAAAUCUUGCUAUUCAGAUGGAAAUCCAACAGAGUUUUUUUGAGUACAUCAGAGGUGAACACGAGAACAAUAAUUCUGUUAUUGAGGUUGUUGGCGCUCGAGUAUGUUAUUAUAAACUUAACUUCGUAGUGGGGAAUAAUAGUAAAGAUAAGGUAUACAAAGGGGGUUUAUACUAUGAGAAAGAUGGUGAGAUCACACAUGUUAAAUUUGUUAAAGUGGAUAAGGAGGAGACUGCUAGACGUGCUUUUAAAUAUUCUUCAAGGAUAUCUGAUGAGGGGAUUUUGCGCCCAUGGUUCUAUGUGUUUUGUAAGCAGAAGUGUUUUAGGAGUUUACCUUGUAAUGAAGAGUUGGUGAAGGGUGUUUGGACCGUCUGUUAUGAUCACUAUGACGAGUCUUUAUAUGAUUGGGUUAGAAGAGUGGUGCGUGAUACGAAUUCUUCCUAUACUGAGAGUAGCAAACUCCCCAUUAAGAAUGCAAGAGAUUGUCUUCAUCCUUAUUGGAUAGAAACGAUAAGUCAAUUGAUUAAUGCUGUGACUCGCGUUCAUGGCAAAGGAUUCUUUCAUGGGAGCUUGACGAAGAAGGAAAAUUAUGUAAUGGGUGAGAGGUGUUUGAAGCUUAUUAAUUUUGGUGGUUCACUGGAGGGAAAAAAUCAAUCAGAUCAAGACAAGUUGAAAAUGGAUGAUUUUAAUGACAUCAAAAUCAUGUUAGGGUAUUUGUUCGAGUCAUUGCUAGCACCAAAAACUCCCUCAUCGAAGAAAAAAGCAACGGCUUUUGACCUUAGCAAAGAAUGGAUCGAAGCUGAUAGGUUUUUGAAGUUUUUUGAUUAUAUGCAUAUUUGGAAGUAUGAAAAAUUUGUUUCCAAAUUGCUUGGCCAUCCGUUUUUGAAGAGUUCCAAGGACAGGUUGGAGUGGAUUGACACGGUCAACAAUGAUAGGAAAGAUCCUACUGCUCCAUUGAAAGUGCUGUCUGUCUUGAAAAAAGCUGAUUUUGCCGUAUUUGCUUCUUGGAAAAGUGGUGGAUUGAAAGAAGCUUUUAUGAAGGAAGUUUUUGACUAUAAUCCUUCAUCUUACGACGAUGAUGCUGUUAGUCUGCUGCGAUUCCUGAGGAACUUGAAUCAGCACUUCAGGGAUGUCAAAAAUUGCAACCCUCCUACGGUUGAAGAGGUUGAUCAUGCGAUCCGAAAACGUUUUGAUAAUUUCCUCGAAGUACUUUAUGUUUGUUGGAGUUGUCGUUGAUCAGCAAUUCUAAAGAUUGUUUUGUACGCAUGCACUUUAAAAUAGCUGUAGGAAAUUGAAAAAAUUGUAAGAAUGGUUUUGGAUUUUAGCACUUGACAAAAGGAAAGAGGGGGUUGAAAUUGAUGGUUUACAUGUGUUUUUGUACCAGUGCAGGCUGUAAUUUUCAGGUUCCAAUUAAGGACCUUGAAAUUGUUAAUUAGUGUUUAAGAUUUACUUAUUUUUCUUCUUGGAAUUUGUUAAUUGUGCUUGGAAUUAUGCAAAUUCGAUA